AUGGCGAUGAUGAUGACUGGCCGUGUGCUGCUGGUGUGUGCCCUCUGCGUGCUGUGGUGCGGUGCCGGUGGCAGAUCUGACGGGGGAAAAACGCCAGGCUCUGAAAGUGGACCCAGUAUUCGUGGGGUUGAUGAAGUCUCCGAAAGCGCCAACGGUCAGACGGCGUCUGGUGAAGCGGGAAACCCUACUGUACAACAAACGCAGCUGAACAACGUUGGGGGUCCUUCACUCGGGGCUCCGCCAUUGCAAGCUGAUUUACCGCCUGAAUCAACAGUACAGCAGACACAAAUCGACACCGAGCCUACGGAUUCACUGUCACAUUCACAAUCAUUGGGCGAAGAGCGGCAAGGUGGAUCAUCCGAUGGUUCUUCAGGGAAACCGGCGGCUUCUCCCAGUCGAGAGGACAGGGAGAAUGAAUCAAUUGGAGAUCAACCGCGCAAUGAUCCGCCAUCUUCUUCAAUUAACAACGAUGUUGUCAGCAGUAAUAGUGAGGAGCGCACAGAAGAUACUCCGAGGCGUGCUGAAAUUAUUGAUGCCGCACCGUCAGAAGAGGGGCAGGAACGUGAAAAUGUCACUCCUUCCUUGGAACAACCUCGGGAAACUUCCACGGCCGCACCGGCCGUUACCAUUCAAACAAGUUCCAUGACGACAUCUGACGAUGGUGCUCUUGACACCGUCAAAAUGAGUGAUGCAUCACUCCAAUCAACAGGCACCGCCAACACAAAUGUUACGACGACGCCUGCCGAAAACGACAGCAGCACCGCGGUCUCCCACACCACCUCUCCUCUUUUGCUUCUUAUUGUUGUUGUUGCGUGUGCGGCUGCUGCUGCGGUGGUGGCCGCGUGA